GUUCCUAUAGUGGCAGAUAAAGAGAGACAGAGGGAGGACGGAUGCAGAGGAGGAGGAGGAGGAGGAAGGUAUGGAAAAUCAUCUGAGACUUUGAAUUCACAAACAACAUUGAAGAUUUCUCUUAAGUAAAUAUUUAAUGCUAGAAUAUGCAACCAAGAUGAGGAUGUGGAUUCUCUUUCUGUGCCUGAGCAAUGGAUGGACGCAACCAGCCUCUGCUGCUGAUCCAACCCCCACACCCUCCUCUGCACCAGUGACACCCACUGAAGACGAAGGAACACAACUGGUGGAUUGGUUGAUGAAGUAUGGAUACCUCCCACCCUCAGACCCCUCCACUGGUCAGCUUCAGGCCUGGACAGCUGUCACUAACGCUGUCAGGGCUAUGCAGAGGUUUGCAGGCCUCAAAGACACUGGAGUUGUAGAUGAGGAGACAACGGCGCUGAUGAACAGUCCACGCUGCUCCCUACCUGACCAGGGUGACCCCUCCAAAAUACCAGCCAACCAAAAGGGGGGCAACAUGAGGAGGAGGAAGAGAAGGGCUAUCGCCAUGUGGACACGUCGGAACAUUAACUGGAGGUUGCGUUCAUACCCCACCUCCUCCCAUCUGUCCCAGGAAACAAUUCGCUCACUGGUCUUCUAUGCUUUAAGAGUGUGGGCAGAUCCAACACCGCUGGAGUUCCAUGAGGUGGGCAGCCCAGAGGCAGCUGACCUGCAGAUAGACUUUCUCCAUGGUUAUCACGGUGAUGGCUAUCCGUUUGAUGGGGCAGGUGGUGCAGUCGGCCAUGCUUUCUUCCCAUCAGACCCUGCCCGGGCAGGAGGAGUUCAUUUGGAUGCAGAGGAGGAGUGGGCCUUCAGACAGCCAGCCUCUGAGGGUACUGACCUGUUCACAGUGCUGGUCCAUGAGUUUGGCCAUGCACUGGGCCUUGCUCACUCCUCAUCUCGUCACUCAGUGAUGAGGCCGUACUACCAGGGUCCUGCUGGAGACCCCCUCCACUAUCGCCUGGGACCUCAAGAUCUGGAGCACAUCACCCAGCUCUAUGGUAAAAAGAACCAGCUGCUGGCCACUGAUGCUCCUCGCCUCGCCCCAGAGCUUCAUACGCGUCACAGAGGCCACCCGCAUCACCACACAUAUGGCCCCUCCAUAGAUCGCUGUAACACCAGUUUCGAUGCUGUGGCAAGGAUCCGAGGAGAGACUUUCUUCUUCAAAGGUCUAACAAUGUGGCGAGUCAACGGUGGGGGCUUGGUGUCAGGUCGCGGGGCUUCAGUCAGAAGGCUGUGGAGGGGUCUACCUCCUGACCUUCCUCAGAUUCACGCUGUGCUGGAGAGGAAGUCAGAUCAUGCCAUCAUCUUUAUCAGUGGUUCCCAGUUCUGGCUGUUCAGGGAUCUGUCCCUGCAGGAAGGUUACCCUCAGCCCCUGUCUGCUCUCAGGAUGGGGGUGAGCUUAGCUGGAGUAAACCAGGAGGAGGAUGCCACAGCAGCAGGGAGGUGGGGCCUCAUCUGGGACCCAGAGGAGGGCCCUGUUUGGGGGAACAUGGGAGACACUGAAGAAGAGAAGCAAGAUGACACCUGGACUCAGCUGCUCAGAGAGGGUGUCAGUGGCAUCACCACAGACAGUGAUGGCUCUGUCUAUCUCUUCAAGGGAGACUCCUACUGGAAGUUUACUUUUCCAGGCUCCUCCCUGCAGGACGGAUACCCACGCUCCUCUACUGCAGACUGGCUGAAUUGCCCUGACCCCUCCUCAUCCUCACCUGUGGUGGAUGACCACUCCUCGUCUCUGUCUCCGCCUGCAGGAAGACAGGAACUCAGGGAGAGAUGGAGGGAGGAGAGAGAGAAGGAGGAGGAAGGAGGAAGGGGAAGGGACCAUGGAAGGGACAGACAUGGAAAUAAACAUAAAGACAGACAGGACAGAGGCUCACACAUCUGGACACAAUGCACUUGUCAAAAUGGAGCUCUUCGAGACAGGACAGCAUCUUUAACUGCUGGUCUGCUGAUGAUGAUAUGGACACUGUUGGUUAUUUAAAGCUGCACAAGACAAUAAAAGCCAGCUGUCUUAUCAGGUCGAAUCUGGAGGAAGGGCUGUAAAAGAGAACAGAAACUCAUCUACAAACAUUUACCAUGUGCAUUCAUAAUACCGUCCCUGCUGCCCAUUUACCCUUAUUUCCUCUCUUUCUGAGUGAGAGAUGAGGUCACUCUCAGUAUGGAGCUGGAGUCAGGCUGGUUAGCCUAGCUUAGCAUAAAGAGUGGAAGUAGGGGGAAACAGCUAGAGUGGUAAUUAACACUUUAAGAGGGAGUUACAUAAACAACAGUUCAUCCAUCCACCCAGCAUCUGUGCAGGGUCUCCCCAUAUGGCGCAGUUGCCAGAUAAAAUCAGCGAACAGGUUUCAGUUUAGUCUCUCGAAAGCCAUAGUGGUAAAAUUUUGCAACCUCACUGUGAUGACAGCUGUUGCCAAGGAAUAGCUCCAACACCUGGUUUAUGUAUGGAAUAAUCAAAUGAGAUACAAUGUGUUAUUGAAUGAGCAUUAAAGUUGUUAGUGAGUGAAUUUUUAACAGAGCUAGGCAAGCUGUUUGCAGGUGAACCCUCUCUGAAGCCUUAGUUGAGAGAGUAGUAAAGUUCAGCGAUGCUCUCCUGUAACAGAGUCAGACUCAUGAUGGACAGUUAAAGAUCAAAAUACAGUAUAUUCAGCAGAGUCAGACUUUGCCUUUUUCAUUCCAAACAUUCUUCUUCCUCAUCAAAACCUGGCGGCUACAUUACCCACAAUGCAACUCCAGCAGUUUGUUUGGAGAUUCCAUGUGUUUUGCUAGUAGCAGUUAACAUAUCCUUGAGUCUAUAGCCUGUAGCCUGCAGCGGAGAUGAGCAGCGGGCCACAGAGGUCUAGUAAGAUCACUUCUUUCUCACUCCAAACCUCCAGAUUUUUUUUUCACUUUUCAAACUUGCAGUCUUCAGGCCCAACUAACGCUGACGUAAGUGACAUCACUUGAGGACAUUUAUCAGACAUCACACAGCUCCCUUUGGGGACACUAAGGGCUUUAUACUACUUAGUUCACAUAUGCAGUUGUACUCCCCAACACCUGGAAACACACUUGGAUUUGUAAAAUCAUGGAGUUCCCAUUAAACACAGACAUGAUAUUAAUAUCCAAUUUCUCAUCUCAAACAUGGAGAGAGCAGAUAAGCGUAUUUCUCAAAAUCUUGUAUUAUGCAUUUCAAUUUCAGUAUUUCAUAUGGUCAGUUGAGAACGCUGACUGAUUCUGUGUGUACAAAGAUGUUAAAGCAGAUGUUUUUAUGUUGAUGUAAUAUUCCGCUUUCAUCAACCAGCCUAGCUAGAUGGAACAUCUGCUUUCUCAUUUCAAUCAGGAUGAAAAAAUACACAGAAUAACUCCAUCUCUGGUGUGAUGUUGUUUGGAAGCCAUCGACUUAAUUCAAGAGCUUCUGGAUUUUCACAACUCACAAUGUGACUGAUCUGGUUAAAAUGUAUAAACAUUUUCUAAAUGCAUAAGGUUCCGAUCACCACUUAAGCAAAUGUCAUCCUAGAGAGAACGUAAAUGGAAUGGUCAAAGUUGAUAUACUGACAUUUGAGGUGUGUUGAUUGAUUUGUGUUGUCAGCUCAUGAACAGAGUAACAUGCAAGAAAACAUUCCACCUUUAAAGUUGCAGGUAGUUGGCCCAGUGAGUGAAGUUAUUUUUUUCUCAGUCUACAGCGGCUGCGAGAGGCAGCUAAACAUCCUUUCAUUUUAUAGUUAAAGUCUACUAACGUAUGUAAACUUGCCAGGGACUGCACGGUGGUUACGUAACCUUCAAAACCAGCCACAACUCAGCCCUGAGCAAGAGUGACGGUUCACUACUGACCAAUCAACAAACUGCAGUGUUUUCAGCUACACCUUGGUACCCCAACAGUGGGGUGACGAAAAAUGGGGAAGGUAUUAAUCAGUUCUGUUGGUAACAUCCACAACACAUCAUGGAAAUGGAAAAAUAACCAUUUUCAUGUAAUCUGAACUGAACUGAACUGAACUGCUUGGUGGAAAUGAGUCUUUUAUGUUACAUAAAGAUAGGGAAGAAGUUGCUCUGCAGCAGUCAUGUGAAUAUAGCACCAUCUGUCUUUGUAAAAUUCUUGCAAUGUAGAGGUAGUGUAUAUAACAUAGCAUUAUUUAUAUUGUGUAUUGUUGUUUUAUAAAACUGUUCGUCCUUUGGUACACAUGUAUAUCCAUAAAAUGUCAAUCCAUAAUAAAAUAGUAAAAUCAGAACCAGCAAUAUAUUAUUUUUGUUACAAUAUAAUUGAUAUAACAUUAGAAGAGCAUACACACGAGAAUCAGAGGAGCACAUGUGAUGCUCUGGCUUUGAGAGGAGGUCCUAUUUAGUUAAAGCAGAUGUGCGGAACUUUUUACCAUUAAUAAAACUGCCCCUAGUUCGUAUCACCCCCCCUUGAAGAUCCGCAUAUUUAUUUGAACCCAACAGCGACAAAAAAGCCUUUCUCUAUAUGGCUAUUUAGCGUAGCCUCGCUCGGGUCGGACACACAGCGGAAGUCAGCAAACCAGAAUACGGCACCCGAGGCGGAAGUGAUUCUGCUCGCCCGCAGCGGCCCGCAGCGAUUAAACCACAGAAGAAGGAGCCGUGUUUACAGUGUUCUUCGAGUAAGCAGUACGCAACGGGCAUUGCUGAACACAUAACACCUAACAGUUUUACCAGAGAUGUAUCUAUGAGGACUUGGUUGUACUUUUGAUGUCAUGGCGGAUAACGAAGGAGCAUCAUCUAAAAUUAUCUGUGACUGUGACCAUGAACACAAAUAUACAGCAGGCAGUUGUCCUCAGUUUAUAAGAAAUUCAGAGCUACACCAGAACAUUUAUGAACAGGUCUUACUUUACUACUAAUUUGUGUGUAACGUUAGCAUGUUAGCAUGUUUCCACUAAUUACUUGGACUGACCUAACGUUAGUAGCGUUAGCUUUGCAAGCGAAGGCUGCAGGUAACAGCUUUGCUGUGUUAGGAUUAUGUUAUGUCUUCACUGUGUAUCUUCACAUAAAAGAAUACUCCGACGAUUUGGGAGUUAUGCCCUUUCUCUAUCAUUUUCAUAUUGA